CACAGCGGGUCCCGAUGAUGCUGUCCAGCCCGCCCGUCGUCAACAUGUUCCAUUUCUCUCUCUUUUUCUCUUGUCCGACUGGGCCGGAGCGAGCGACAUACAGGCCAUGCGCCGCCCGCUCGCAAGAUAUCACUGGACGACCUGAUAGGCAGCCGCCCCACGCCGUUCACUCUCCGAUGACGACGCAUUCGCGAGUGUGCGUCGUGAACACAAAGAAUCUUUUCCAAGCACCCGCCCGCCCUGGUCUUGCAAGCAGGCGCCUUUGGGGAGCUAGUCCAUUUUUCCCUUACCCCGCGUCCCAUUUUUCUCUCGACCCCCCCUCGCCUUCCUCUUGUUUCCUUUCCCCACUCUCAGCCUCCGACUCGACUCUCUCCACUUUCAUUGUACUCUAUCCAAGCAUGAACGGACCCGAUCCCCGACCUUUGCAGACCCCACGCAACACCAUUUGUUGCGUGUAUCCAUAUUGCUCGCCAUCGUUGCUCUGUGUGUGUGUGUGUGUACUGCACAGAUAUUUGGCUGCCUGGGCGAAUGUGGAGAUGAUGACGAUGGAUUUAAUGUUCGGGUCUCUUUCUGGUGCGCGAUGAGCAGUAUCUCUCACUACGCCGGGCCGCCUGUCUGGCCAGCGGCCACAGGCUGGUUCAACUGGGACGCGGCGGCGGGCACGUCAUCUGUCUCACACUCUUACACACCCGCAGACGGCCGCCGGCGCUACGCACCGUAGAACAGAGAACAUCGCUGAUGCGCACCUCACUCCCACACCAGACCAAGUCUUCUCGAGGAUCCCAACCCUCCCCCUCAGUCCUCCAGCAACAGCUUGCAGAGACUGCGCCUCGAUUGCAGGCGCUGGCAAAGGCCAGGCGCGCAUCUCGUUCUCGUUCACGCCCAUCUCUCGUUUGCUGCUGCGAGCGAGCU